AUGUAUAACUCCGCUCUGGUGACGUGGAUCACUUUGUUACUGUUUUUGUCAAGAACUUCUACAGCCACGUCAUCUGAUGACACUACAACUACUACUACUUCUACGACUACUAAACAGCAAGCCUGUGCACAGCUUGAUGUUGUCUUGAAUAACGGCGUUGAAAACGAAACGAGUGCUUGUCAUUGCUUCGAGGACCGUUUCUUUGCCAAAGUUGACGGAAUAACGAUUGGAUGUACAAGCCGAACAGCUCUAUCAAUCGCAACUUCCUUAGCUUCACUCAAUGAUAGCGAUGUUGGUCGUGUACAUAUUUGGGAUAGUCAACUGGAUACUUUAUCUGAAGAUGUCCUGAAUCUGGUUAAGCCAACCAGUCUGAUCAUUGAUCGUAGUCGGGUUUCAAGUGUGAGUCUCAAUUCAUUCUCGCGUUUGGCAGAGAGACUUAAAGAGCUGGUUAUGAAAAAGAACAUGAUUGAAAGUUUGGAUGAAAAGCUUUUACGUGGUUUGAAACAACUUCAGUUCCUUGAUCUGACAGGCAACAGGAUCUCCAUUAUACGUAAGGGAACCUUCAAAGAGACUCCUAAUUUGGAAGAACUUCUAUUGGACCAGAACGAGAUUUCUAUAAUCGAAGAUGGGGCAUUUGAAAAUCUGAAAAACUUGAAAAAGCUCAGCUUAGCCACAAACAUGCUGACCAAAAUAACGAAAGGCACAUUCAAAGGCUUGGAGAACUUGGAAGUUUUGAAUGUGAGGAACAACGCCAUAGAAUCGUUCGAAUGGCCAGUUCUGAAUUCGAUGAAGAAGCUAAUUACACUAGACGUUGGAACUAAUCGACUUGUCAAUGUUGAUUUACAAAACUUGAGAAACUUGGAAAAGCUUUUCCUAAACAACAACACCAUUCACAAUUUGAAGAGCGUGAAGCUGAGAAAUCUUACUUCGUUGGUUCUCGUUUCCCUUGACCGCAAUAUGAUUAGCGAGAUUGGUGAAGGUGAUUUGUUAGGACUGGCAAAAAGUACUCGAUUAGAAAGUAUUACACUUGCUGCUAACAAUAUCAGCUCGAUAUCACCAAAGGCCUUUGCUCCUAUUCAUGAUGUUGGAAUUCUUGCGAUUCAAAAUAAUCAGCUUUCAAGCUUCACCAGUGAAAGUGACCAAUCUUUCCUUCGACCUUUACGGAAACUCCAAACAUUACUUGUAUCAAGAAAUCAAUUAAAAUCUAUCAAAGAAAAUGAUUUACCUAAGUCAUUGACCGUAUUAGCAGCAGAUCACAAUCAAAUAGAAUCGAUUGACGCUAAAGCUUUCGAAGGAAUCGCUAUGCAGAGAUUGUAUAUAAACAAUAAUCAUUUACAAGCUUUACCCAGACAUACUUUCGAUUCGUUCACACGCGAGACUUUAGAAGCCAUUGAUGUGUCUGGAAAUGCUUGGAAAUGCGUUUGCGGAGAAGAAUGGCUCGCUUGGUGGCUUGAUAAAUUCAGUGAUAAGGAUGUUGCUGACGGUGUUAUUGGCUGUUUAGCUAAACCGCGAUGUGAUGUAGACUUGGACAGUUUGGAAUCUGAAGAGAAAUCUACAUGGGUUACUGUGGUUGCUAGUAUUCUUGCUGCCGUUUCUGUAUUUAUUCUAAUUGCUAUUGCAUUCCUGUACAUUAAUGAUGGACGACAGCGGGGUGGUGUUUUGCGCCCGUUAUCCCGACGUGUUGAUUCUGAUCUACACACCUUAUUAGGAGACUCAUCAUUCUUCAAAGAAGAUGAAACAAGACGGAUACCACCUCCUACAUCUCCAGGUGCUACAGGUACAUCCGCAGCAGGCAAUACCGAGAAGAAACGUGUUCGAUUUGAACAGUAA